CGGAGGACACGCUCUCGGUGACAGGAGCGCUCACUGGCUCCUGAUUCCAGUUGGAGUUCCACUUUGAGGGGGAGAGGAAAGACACCCUCUAAGCAUCGCCCGCUGCUUGUCCUGCUUUCAUUUCUGCAGACUGUCAGUGAGGACAGGCUGUUCGUUAUGUUCCAUCAGCUGACGGACCAAACCCUGAAUGGCAGCUGUCAGGGAGCCAUCUCAGAGUGCAAUAAGAGCGCUGACGGAGACGCGCUCCAGCUGCCCACUUUCUCCACCGCGGCCAAAGUCAGAGUCAUCAUCACCUUCGCGCUGUGCGCAGUGUCAGCUGUUUGCAACUUGCUCGUGCUCUGGGCUGCCAUUAAAGGCGGAAAGCGCAAGUCCCACGUCAGGAUCCUCAUAAUGAACCUGACGGUGGCGGACCUGCUGGUCACUUUCAUCGUGAUGCCCGUGGACGCAGUGUGGAACAUCACGGUGCAGUGGCAGGCAGGAGACGCUGCCUGCAGGCUGCUGAUGUUCAUGAAACUAGUGGCCAUGUAUUCCUGCGCCUUUGUGACUGUGGUCAUCAGCCUGGACAGGCAGUCUGCCAUCCUCAAUCCUCUGGGCAUCAGCGAGGCCAAACGGAAAAGCAAAAUCAUGUUGACUGUGGCCUGGACGAUGAGCGUGAUCCUUUCAUUCCCUCAGAUAUUCAUAUUUCACAACGUCACCAUAACAGUCCCGGAGAACUUCACUCAGUGCACCACCCACGGCAGUUUUGUCCGACGCUGGCAGGAGACCGUCUACAACAUGUUCACUUUUGUGUGCCUCUUCCUCCUGCCUUUGGUCAUCAUGAUUUUCUGCUACACGCGAAUCCUUAUUGAGAUAUCCAGCCGAAUGGCUCGGAGUAACAUGCGGUCUAGAGAUAUUCAUCUUCGGCGCUCACACAACAAUAUCCCCAAAGCUCGAAUGAGGACGCUUAAGAUGAGUAUCGUCAUUGUGACUUCAUUCAUCAUCUGUUGGACCCCAUACUAUCUGCUUGGUCUGUGGUACUGGUUGUUUCCUGAAAAGAUGGAGGAGACAGUCUCCCAUUCGCUUACUCAUAUGUUGUUCAUAUUUGGCCUCUUCAAUGCGUGUCUAGACCCCAUCACAUAUGGUCUGUUUACGAUUCACCUUCACCAGGGAAUGAGGAGAUGUCGACGCUCAAACACACCGACUGAGAACAACACUUGUCUUAUGCAAAUGUCCUGUUUUUCCUCUGCCAGGCAGAUUGGGUCAGGUGGCCUCGGUAAACACACGGAGGAGAUAAAUGACAACAGCAGCACGAAAAAUGCCUCAAGCAUCAUUAUUUCCGUGAGCAAGUUAUAAUGGC